AAUGUCGUCAUCAACAAAUGUUUGAGGUGUCUGUUUUCAUUUGUGCUGUCGUGAAAAAACAUGUUUUCGUGGAUUUAGGAGGUCAGGAAGUUGAUAAAAGUACUUGCAAAGGAUGCCUGAGUCGAAGAUGUAUACGGAAUGGGCAUCACUGUCUCCGGUGAUUGCUUCUAACAGCUGCAGUGCUCAGAAUUGUGUCCUCAACAAAUUCCAAGGAAGUGCCGGGAAGGAAGUUGCUGUGGCUAUUGUGAAGCAGCUGGCCAGCAAUCUGGGCAUCUCUCAGCCAGCUGAGCCAAGCAACUUGAUCACAGAUCAGGAGGUGCUCUGGUGCAUGGAUGUCCUGUGCUAUGGGCUUUCUUUGCCUCUGACUGAGCACGAGACCAUCAAGGAUUGUGUCAAUGUGUAUUGCGAAUGGAUGACUGCCCUCAGUCCAGUGCCACGUAUCAGUGUUCCCAAGCCAAUUGUGGACGAUCCAAAUACCUACGCUCGCAAGAUCAUCAAUCACUUCCACAAUCUCUUUGUCCCACGUCCGGGAGAAGACUGGGCAUUUCUCUAUCAGGAGCACUUAGGAGCUGACACCAUCAAUCGUCAGGCAGUUCUCUGCCAUCGCGUUCUCAGAACUCUCCAGAAUGCCGCAGUGUCUCAGAUUCUCACUCGAGAGACCUGGGAAUCCCUCUUGCUCUUCCUUCUGGCCAUCAAUGAGGUCCUCUUGGCUCCGCCUACGGUCAAAGAUGACGUAGGUGAUCAGUUGUGUGAACGUGUUCUCAGUGUUCUCUUUGAGGUCUGGCUCUUGGCCUGUGUUCGGUGCUACCCAUCUCCAUCGCUGUGGAAGACUCUGCAAGAGUCCUGCCAGAUGUGGAGGCACCGGAUUGCCCUCGUGGAACAGUGGAAUCGUGUCAAUCUCGCACUCACGGCCAGACUCAUCGAUUUCACUUACGGAUCGGCAUUUCCGGAAUUCAAAAUACUUGAUGAGGAUGCUCAACUGAUCCCAGCUGGAAUGUCAAAUGAUUGCAUCGCUCAGACAUGGUAUCGCUUUCUGAGAGUCAUUGGAAAUCCUACUUCUCUCUGUCAGCCACAGACAAUCAGUAACACUCCCAGAUUUAUGCAACAUGUUCUCACCAUGACAGAGUCCAUCGAGCCGUGUCAACAUCCCUGUCUCCUGAUCCUACCGCAGAUUUUCCUGAAGGCCAUUAAGGGCAUUUCUAGCCUUGUGGAUGCUUUUUUGGGGAUAUUGCAAAAUGCCACAGGCGAGGAUUCGACUGCGGGAACUUCCGACACAGUCACCAAUGCACCAACUUCUUCUGGCGCCUCAUCGCGUCUCUCAGGUGGUGAUUUGAGAUUGUCCUCAGUGGUUGCGGGACGUGUAGAUGUAGCUGCUGGUGGGGUAUCUUCUACAGUUACCUCAGCCUCUUCUUCUGUGGUGUUUCCGGCACCCGCUGAAGUGCCACAUUCACCGACGCCGCCUUUGCAGAGGCGUCUGGCCAAAUCUUUCAGUGUGGCGCCAUCUAGUGGCCUGCCAAAGGGUAUAACAAAGGGAUCUCUGAUUGGAUUGACCAGCAGCAGAAUUUCCAGCAGUCAACCGGCCGCUAGUCCGAUUUCCACUCAACCACCUACGUCAAUUUUCACCUCAAUGUUGUCACUGACCCAUGAAAAUCGCGCCGUGAUGGCAUCCGCAAGACCCAAGUGCAACAGUAUUCUCCAUCUGUUCGGCGAGUGGCUUUUCGAUGCUGCCCACAUUGGAACUGAAGCUUGGAUUCAGAAUUGCAAGAAACAAGCUUCUGAGGCUUCUAGGAGGCCUUCUUCCAUGAUCAUGGACAAUCGCAAGGGGAGUUUAUCCCUUUCUCAGCCUUCGUCUCUCAAUGAGAAUAUUGAAAUGCCCCCGGGUCUUACGAUUGAUAAAUUUGAGUCUGGCAGAGCUGAAGCUGUUGGGGCUCUUUGUAGGAUUUUCUGUGCUAAGAAAACUGGCGAGGAAAUUCUGCCAGUGUACUUGGCUAGAUUCUACGUGGCUCUACAGCAGGGUCUGAGGAUUCCCGAGACGAAGGAAUGUGAAGAGACUCUUGCCAGUAUUCUCUACAAUUCCUCAGAUCUCUUCAGAUUGGAUUUAGAUGGAAUUCAAGUGCUCUUGCCUUCAUUCAUUGCUGCUCUUGAAUUGGUUUUGCCUGAGAAAGAGCUCAAAAUGAAGUCUCAAACUGUUGUUAUCAAUCGUAUUGAACUUAGGAGGGCUUCAAUUCAUAUUCUCAUCUCCAUUCUUGCACUACCACUGCAUUUCCAGACACUUCCCAUUCGGGACAUUACCGGAGGACCAAUGGACAAAAUGAUCACUUUCGCACAACUGAAGCCUCGGUUGAUCAAUAUUCUGAUGAAUGCUCUUCAAGUGGAGACUGACGCUCAAAACACUCACAUGCUACUCGGAGGAUUGUUACUUAGUGUCCAGGAUUCGGUGACAUUUGAAGAGACUGAACAUACCGGGGAAAUGGUUCAGAUGUCACCACCAGUCAGUGACAUGAAUCUCCUCAGUUCAGCUUGUUCCGAAAAAAGUGCUUGUUCAAUUGCUAGCGCUAGUUCGAGUUUGGGUGGAAACAGUACAGCUACAAUGGGUAAUGAGUUUCCCAGUUUGAGCAUUUCUGACGAUUUUCCGGCCGAAUUUCUGCAAGAUCUCGAAAUGCCGUCUGUCUAUGAUAGCGCUCAUGCACUUUUUGUAAGAGCUACUUAUUUGGUUUGUCAUCGAUUGAUAUCUUCCUGGAAAACGGAUUUGAAUGUCUCUCUGGCGGCUCUGGAACUUCUUUCCGGGCUCGCAAGGAUGCACAUUAAAGAUUCAGCAAGAAAAUUCAGUGAUGCUUUGGAAUGCAAACGUGCUGUCAAGUGGAUAUGUGACUAUAUUUGUUAUCAAUGCUCACGGCCAACACCUUCUCACACAAAAGAUCUCCAUAGUACAAUUGUGGCAGCUUUUCAGUGUAUUUCUGCUUGGUUGAUGCAGCAUCCUUAUCUCCUACAGGACAAAGAUUGUUUGACAACUGUCCUAGAAGUUGUAGAACUUGGGAUUUCUGGCACAAAAAGUGUUGGGAAACCAGGUGAACCUCCUAAAUUGAAGGACGAAAAGGAACUAAAGCCCGUGUCCAUGAGAGUUCGCGAUGCCGCAGAAAGUCUCAUGACAGUAAUUCUUGAGCAAGUUGGCUACUUUCCUAGUGAAUGUGGUGCUCAGUCCCUAUCAUCCCUAUUGGAUGAAGAAACCCUUAUGAAAUACUGCAAUUCCUAUCCGAAUUCAGGAGCUUCCGUAGGGCCUAUGAGUCAUGAAGCUGCAGUCCAAAAGUUUAGGUACUUUGUCACAGAAAACUCUACAAUUUUGGCACUUUUGGAGGAACCUUUGGGAAAUGAUCAGGAUCCACAGCCUACCAUCACUUUGAUAAUUCGAGGACCUUUCGGAAGACAUACUUGGACCAUGCAGUUGAGGCACUUGCCACGAAGCAAAUCUGGAACAAAAUAUCAUCAUGCUCCGAAUCCGGGACGUCCUGUACCUAUGAAUGACACUCCGAUGAGACAGGAAGUUGAGCAGAAGUACUUCCCUGACGGCGUUGACAAGAUUCCACCAUGUGUAGCGGAUUAUUCUAUCCCAACUUUAGAAGAGAUUGUCCAGAAGAUUGGGAAUGAAUCUACUAAGUGUCUCUUUCAGCUGCUGGAGAAUCAGACGGUGUACGAGAAGUUCGCCUGGGCAGAGACAGACAAUUCGGUAGAUAGUUUGGGACAUGCCCAAGAAGCUGUUCCACCAGCUGUUUGUCAUGAAUUUCAAGCUGCCAGACUGUUCCUCUCGCAUUUUGGGUUUUUAUCUCUCGGGGAGAAUGCUAAGAAAGAGUCAGGAAGUCCUCUAUUGAUGGUGCUAGAUGCUAAAAAGUCAGGAUUUACUAGUGAGAUUCAGAGUUUAGAUAGAGUGAGUCCUAGAACAUAUGACACGGUUUAUGUGUUUUAUGUAAAAGCUGGACAGACAACUCCUAUUGAGAUUGUCGAUAAUAUGUCCGGAGAGAAUGUCAAUGGUCUCGAUCCUCAUUUCUUUAGUAUGCUUUUGAGUUUGGGUUGGCGAGUUAAUGUGGAUGAGCAUGCUGGGUGGACAGGAUUCACCAGCUCAAGUUGGCACAUUAAUCAGUGUCAAGGUUCUGAGGCAGAAUUUGCUCCAUUGACUUCCGGAAGUGAAGAAAUGAAUUUCAAUGGAAGCAAGAGAGUUCUCUAUUGGGCAGAUGUCAAUGGGGAAAUUGCCUUUGUGGUGCCAAAUCAUUCGAAUAGAUUUGAUAUGGAAGCCACAGAUGGAGGUUGUCAGUCCAUGCCGACAUCUUCGGGGAUUGAUGGAGGUAAGUUUGUGUACGAGAGGAGUGUCAGUGAGUGUCCUCCUCUCGAGGCAAUUCCCAACAUUACAAAACCCAUGCCGUUGGGGCAGAAACCGAGAACUCUCUCACUUGACAUUGAUAGAAGUCAGCAAAGGGUUGAACCCAUUGCGCCAACACGAAGACGUGCUGGGACUUCUAAAGCUUCUUCAGCUGGUCAGGCGAGUUCUAAGAUCUUUCUGGUCUGGCUGGAGAGCUUUGAGGACCAUUUGACCUUCCCGAUGGAAGAUCUCUUGGCGUAUUGUCGAACUGGAGAGGAAAAUCUCCAGCAGACAGCCACUAAAGCCUCAGACUGCCACAUUAUCUAUCUUCAAGCUCUAUCUUCUGGUCUCCUGAGAGUUAAACUCCAGGGUCCAGCUGGUAGGAUGAACUUUGCCACUCCGUUGGUAGAUGGAAUGGUGGUGAGUCGUAGGGUGGUGGGGAAUCUCGUUAGACAGACGGCUCACAAUAUGGCCAGGAGGAGGCGUUUGGAUAAUGACGGAUAUCAACCUCCUCAUGUUCGGCGGCGUCUGAAGGUCCAAGAAAUUGUACAGAAGUACAAAGUAGAUCUCAGUGAACCCGAACUACUGGCUCAUCUCUUCAAAUUCUAAUUGUUUUUUUGAAGUGAUAGUUGUGAAAAUUAGGAAUAUUCGGAACAAUCAUAUAAAUUUAAGAACUAUUCUUUGGUUCUAUAUUUAAGUUAUUUUAUUGAAUGCACUGGAAGUAUUUUAUUUUUUAAAUUUUUUUCUCUUUUAUAUAAAAAUUUUGAAAAAAAAACUGUUAAGCAAAAAUCGAAAAAAAAUUCACCUGAACAAACUGCAUUUUUAAAACGUUUCAUCUAUUCGUUUUUCAUUAUUUAUUGUUUACAUUGUGACAUUUGGAACUCGAAUAGAUUAUGAAAAUGUAUUGACUUUUCGAUCAAGUAAUUUUCGAUAAUUGAUCCUCAGUAAAGUUUCCAGUAUUGAAUAACGUUAUUUCUUUUCGCAAAAAUAUAUUAAAUAUAUUAUGAUAAGUUAUCGGUCUUAUAGAAUAUUGCAGGCGGUAGAUGGAAUGAUAGACCUUUAUUGACUUUUAAUCUCAAAACGCUGUAGAAAAUUAAUGAGAUAGAGUCAAGACAGGUUUGUGAAUUAAAAAUAUUGGUUAGUACUUCCGCUUUCUAUUAAUGCACUAUCGGUAUAAUGCAAGGUUGUGCAAAAAACGUUUGAAACCGAAUAAACGUCGAAAUAAGUUUGUUAAGGUAACGUUUUGAUCAUUGUCGUACAAGUUUCAUUUGACGUUUGUUCGAUUUCAAACGAUUCUUGCACACCUUUGGUAAAAUGACUAACAGAUGUAUAACAAUUCAAAAAAUAAAUACGAAAAUUCAAUUUUUUGAAGUUUAUAAAGUUUAAUAAAAUUAGACAUUUACUGUAAACUGUAAAAUUGAUUUAUUUAUUUAAAAUUAAAAGUGAGAAUUCUUCAAAA